UUACAAACUAGAUUAAAUUAGCCUCAGCUUUGGUUGGUUGUGCUUCCGGUGACAGAGGUCAACUCGCUCCUGAAGAGGCAAGGAUCCAAGAAAACCGUUCAAAAGCGACCGUUAAAAGCAUGUCCCACACCAUCCUGCUGGUGCAGCCCACCAAGAGGCCAGAGGGAAGAACAUACGCUGAUUAUGAAUCAGUCAAUGAGUGUAUGGAAGGUGUGUGCAAGAUGUACGAGGAGCAUUUAAAGAGAAUGAACCCCAACAGUCCAUCAAUAACAUAUGACAUCAGUCAGCUGUUUGACUUCAUCGACGACCUGGCUGACCUCAGCUGUUUGGUGUAUCGCGCCGACACACAGACGUACCAGCCGUACAACAAGGACUGGAUCAAAGAGAAGAUCUACGUGCUGCUCCGCCGUCAGGCCCAGCAGGCAGCAAAGUGAAGCUUCUGAGGGACUGGAUAGAAAGAUGGGUGGGGGGGUCGGGAGGGGGUCAAUAUUAUUUUUCCU